AUGGCUCCAAAUCCAUCAGCCUCGGCGCGCCAACCGCUGAAAAUCCUCAUGCUCCAUGGCUACACCCAGUCCGGCCCCCUGUUCCACGCAAAGAGCCGCGCCCUGGUCAAACACAUCCAAAAGGCCUUUCCCCUGCACGAGGUGUCCGCAAUCUACCCAACGGGUCCUCUUCGCCUGAGGCCAAGUGAUAUCCCCGGUUACGAACCAUCCGAAGGAGGGCUACAGGAAGACGAGAUCGAAGCAUACGGCUGGUGGCGUCGAUCCAACACUGCCACUCCUCCUCUUUACCAGGGCCUAGAAGACGGACUUGCAGCCGUGGCUAAGGUGCUUUCGGAGGAGGGCCCCUUCGACGGUGUCAUUGGAUUCUCACAAGGCGCUGCCAUGGUGGGGAUGGUUGCGGCGUUGUUGGAGAGUGGGCGCAAGGAGGCCUUUGCGAAAUUUGAGAAGGAUGAAUCGGAGGGAGCGCCGGGAAUACACUUCCCAGCGUCCUUUGCUGCGCCCGGUUUCCAGCAUCCGCCAUUCAAGUUUGCGAUUGCGUAUAGUGGAUUCCGGUCUCCGGGGGCGCGGUAUCGUGGUUUCUACGAGAGUCCGCCCAUUCAGACACCGAUUUUACAUGUGCUGGGAUCUUUGGAUGCGGUUGUGGAGGAGUCGAGGAGUCGGGCAUUGAUUGAAGCUUGUGCGGGGGAGCCGGAGAAGGAUGGUUUGGUGGUUUGGCAUCCCGGUGGUCACUUUUUGCCGAGUCAGCGGCCUUAUUUGGAUGCUGCAGUGCGGUUCAUUCGGGAGCAAUUGGAGAAGAGCAGCGGGGCUACAAAAGCAGAUGAGGAGGAAGAUGUGAACGAUAUGGACGUUCCAUUCUAG